AUGGGGAAAAGUCGGCGAAAACAGAAGGUAAUACCUCCACCGGAACUUCCGCCGGAUGUACCCGAAGAGGAUAUUGAGUUUUCCGACGAGGAUUUGAAGUUCGUCAAAGAGAACACUGAUUACGCCCGAUUCGUCUCUCGAAUCGAUACCGGAGCUAUCAAUAGGCAAUGUGGUGGUAAAGUAAAGACGGUGGAGGAUAAGUAUGAAGAAGAACGUUCCAAGAAGAAGGCUCAUCUGGAAGAGAAAGUGAAGAGUAGCGAGAUCCAAGUGGAUCCUGUUGAUGUGCUCCCUGUCAAGAAUUUAGAUGGAACACUCCACUAUCGAACAGUGACAAAGAAGUCAAAACUAGCUGAAGCCGACACAGAUGAUGCAGAAAUGGACGUUCUUCAAGAUGAAAAUACAUUAAACAAAUCUCAAAGGAGAGCAAAAGCUAAAAAGAGUAAAAAAGAGGCGAAGAAACAAGGGAAGGAAUUUCCUGAAGAAAUUAUACAAGAAGAAGAAGAAACACCCCAAGCAGCAGUUCUGGCUGAAGUGAAAGAAGAAUUAUCUGCUGAAGAGAGAUUCGAAACUAAAAAAAAUAAACUUGCAGAGUUGGGAACAGAACUACUUUCUGAUCCAGAGGCACACAUAAAAUCCUUAAAGGAAAUGUUAGAGAUCUCCAAAGAUGAGAAUACAAAGAUAGUGAAACUUAGUUUGUUAUCUCUGCUGGCCGUAUUUAAAGAUAUUAUUCCUGGCUAUCGAAUUAGACUUCCUACGGAAAAGGAGCUCGAGAUGAAGGUGUCAAAGGAAGUAAAGAAAACCCGGUUCUAUGAGUCAACCUUAUUAAAUGCGUACAAGGCAUAUCUGAACAAGUUGAUUAUAUUAGAAAGGCAGACAGUAUAUAACCAAGUUGCCACUCGGUGCAUUUGCACAUUGCUGGAUGCAGUUCCUCACUUCAACUACCGUGAUAACCUGUUAAGUUCUGUUGUCAGAAAUAUUAGCUCCCCAGAUGAAGUCGUAAGGAGACUCUGUUGCUCUACUAUUAGGUCUCUUUUCUCCAAUGAAGGGAAACAUGGUGGUGAGCUGACGGUGGAUGCUGUACGCUUGAUUGCUGAGCAUGUCAAAUCUUACAAUUGCCAACUUCAUCCUAAUUCUAUCGAGGUGUUCAUGUCCAUACGCUUUGAUGAGGACAUUGGGAAGCGUGACAGCGAGGAUAAAAAUCUGAAGAAAUCUAAGAAAAAUAAUAAAAGAAUCAACCAGGAGGAGCAAAAUCAAGGACAGGAAAAUGAGAGGAAGAAAUCCAAGCUAGAAAUGAUGUCCAAGAUCAGAGACGAAGUUAAUGCUGAUUACAAGCGAGAGACCUAUGAACCAGAUGCUAAGGAGCGGCGAAAGAUGCAAACAGAGACACUUUCUCGUGUUUUUGAGACUUAUUUCCGUAUCCUGAGAAAUACAAUGCAUUCAAUUGGCGAAAGCACAGAAGCAGACACAACUUCGAAUCAUGGUGCUUUUGGAUAUCACCCUUUGCUUGCUCCAUGCUUGGAUGGUUUGGCAAAAUUCACCCAACAAUUGGACUUGGACUACAUCGGAGAUCUCAUGAACUAUCUAAAGAAGCUUGCUUCUAGCAGUAGCGUCUCCAACAAUUCAAAGCAGAAAAACUCAAAACUGUUGACAGUAUCUGAACGCCUGAGGUGUUGCCUUGUCGCGUUCAAAGUCAUGAGAAGCAACUUAAAUGCCUUGAACGUCGACUUGCAAGACUUCUUUGUCCAGCUUUACAACCUCAUUCUCGAGUACCGCCCUGGAAGAGAUUCAGGUGAAGUGUUGGCCGAGUCUCUGAAGAUAAUGUUGUGCGACGACAGACAUCAAGACAUGCAAAAAGCAGCCGCUUUUGUAAAACGUUUAGCCACAUUCGCGCUGUGCUUUGGCUGUGCCGAGUCUAUGUCAGCGCUCGUCACCUUGAAAAUUCUCCUCCAGAGGAACAUCAAAUGCAGAAACCUUCUAGAGAACGAUGCUGGAGGCGGUUCAGUUUCUGGUUCAAUCUCAAAAUAUCAGCCAUACGCAACAGAUCCCAACUUAAGCGGGGCUUUAGCAACAGUACUUUGGGAACUCAGUCUCUUGACCAAACAUUACCAUCCAUCGAUCUCAACGAUGGCCGCAACAAUCUCCAACAUGAACACUUCGCAAAACCAAACGUUUCUUUCCGCAGUGUCUCCGCAACAGGCGUUUGCAGAUUUCUCACUUGAAAGGGAAUCGUUUGAGCCUAAGAACGAGACUCGGAAACUGAACAACAAAAGGAAACGAGAGAGUUCUGAAGAAGCUAAGAAUGUUCCGGAAAUCGACAUGGUUGAGGUCAAGAAGAAACUGAUUGAGAAAUUCACUAUUGUUCGAGGUAUAAAAGAAGACGAGAAAGCGAGAAUGGAGUGCAGUUGA